GGCCCUAUGGGUCCUCGAGGGCCACCUGGCCCCUCUGGAGCUCCUGGCCCACAAGGUUUCCAAGGCAACCCCGGAGAGGCUGGAGAGCCCGGAUCAGCUGGCCCGUUGGGUCCCCGUGGUCCACCUGGACCCUCUGAACCGGGAGAUGACGGUGACGCUGGCAAACCCGGCAAAGGUGGUGAUCGUGGACCUUCUGGUCCUCAGGGAGCUCGUGGRUUCCCAGGAACUCCUGGUCUGCCUGGAAUCAAAGGGCAUAGAGGUUAUCCAGGUCUUGAUGGACUCAAGGGAGAGGGUGGAGCUGCUGGUUCUAAGGGAGAGUCUGGUGCGCCCGGUGAGAAUGGCGCUCCCGGACCCAUGGGACCACGUGGUCUGCCCGGUGAGAGAGGUCCCGGUCCCUCUGGAGCUGCUGGUGCUCGUGGUAAUGACGGUCUGCCCGGCCUGCUGGUCCCUGUAGGGCCAGUUGGUCCAUCUGGUGCUCCAGGCUUCCCCGGCUCUCCAGGUUCUAAGGGAGAAGCUGGCCCCACCGGUGCUCGUGGACCUGAGGGCGCCCAGGGAUCACGUGGAGAGUCAGGAACCCCCGGAUCUCCCGGACCCGCCGGCGCUUCUGGUAACCCUGGAACUGAUGGUAUUGGUGGAGCUAAAGGAUCAGCUGGUGCUCCUGGUAUAGCUGGUGCGCCUGGCUUCCCCGGACCCCGUGGCCCUCCAGGACCCCAGGGAGCCACUGGGCCUCUCGGACCAAAGGGAACAUCUGGUGACCCCGGUAUCCCAGGUUUCAAGGGUGAGGCUGGACCCAAGGGAGAGAUUGGACCCGCGGGUCCCCAAGGAGCCCUUGGCCCUGCAGGAGAGGAGGGGAAGAGGGGACCCAGAGGAGAGCCCGGCGCUGCUGGACCUCUCGGACCUCCUGGAGAGAGAGGCGCCCCCGGUAACCGUGGUUUCCCAGGUCAGGAUGGUCUGGCUGGUCCCAAGGGAGCCCCUGGCGAGCGUGGAGUCGGAGGCGUGUCUGGCCCCAAGGGAGCCGGCGGUGACCCUGGUCGCCCUGGCGAGCCCGGUCUUCCUGGUGCAAGAGGUCUUACUGGUCGUCCCGGUGAUGCAGGUCCUCAAGGAAAAGUUGGACCCGGUGGUUCUUCUGGUGAGGACGGUCGCCCCGGACCUCCUGGCCCUAUGGGAGCCCGCGGUCAGCCGGGCGUGAUGGGAUUCCCCGGACCCAAGGGAGCCAACGGCGAACCUGGCAAGGGCGGAGAGAAAGGAUUGCUCGGUGCGCCAGGUCUGAGAGGUCUUCCUGGUAAGGAUGGUGAGACCGGAGCUGCUGGACCCCCUGGCCCUGCUGGCCCUGCUGGAGAGAGAGGAGAGCAAGGACAACCUGGACCUUCUGGCUUCCAGGGUCUGCCCGGACCCCGCCCCUGGGGCGCGAUCGGACCAGGUGGUGCAUCGGGUGCCCAGGGACCCCCCGGUCUGCAAGGUAUGCCCGGAGAGAGAGGAGCCUCAGGCAUCCCCGGACCUAAGGGAGACAGAGGUGACAACGGAGAGAAGGGACCUGAGGGUGCUUCUGGCAAAGACGGUUCAAGAGGUUUGACUGGUCCAAUUGGUCCUCCUGGCCCAGCUGGUCCCAAUGGAGAGAAGGGUGAAUCUGGUCCCUCUGGACCUUCCGGUGCUGCUGGUGCCCGAGGUGCUCCUGGUGACAGGGGUGAGACUGGACCUCCCGGGCCUGCUGGCUUCGCUGGGCCUCCUGGAUCUGAUGGUCAGCCCGGAGUCAAGGGAGAGCAGGGAGAGGGUGGACAGAAGGGAGACGCUGGUGCACCUGGACCACAGGGACCCUCCGGAGCUCCUGGACCUUCCGGACCUACUGGCGUUUUUGGACCAAAAGGUGCUCGCGGUGCUCAGGGACCCUCUGGUGCCACUGGUUUCCCUGGAGCUGCCGGCAGAGUCGGGCCCCCUGGUCCCAAUGGUAACCCUGGUGCUGCUGGUCCCUCUGGCCCUGCUGGUAAAGAUGGUCCUAAGGGUGUGCGUGGAGACGGUGGACCCUCAGGCAGACAGGGAGAUGCUGGGCUGCGUGGAGCCGCUGGAUCCCCUGGAGAGAAGGGAGAUGCUGGAGAGGAUGGUCCCUCUGGUCCCGAUGGUCCUUCAGGUCCUUCAGGUCUGGCUGGACAGCGUGGUAUUGUUGGUCUUCCAGGACAGCGUGGAGAGAGAGGUUUCCCUGGCCUGCCAGGACCCUCUGGUGAGCCUGGUAAACAAGGAUCUCCUGGUGGAAGCGGAGACCGUGGGCCCCCUGGCCCUGUGGGGCCCCCUGGACUGACUGGACCCGCUGGAGAGCCCGGUAGAGAGGGCAACGCUGGUUCUGAUGGACCCCCUGGUAGAGAUGGAGCCACUGGAAUCAAGGGUGACCGUGGUAACACCGGUCCUGCUGGUGCUCCUGGCGCCUCAGGAGCUAAUGGUGCCCCCGGCCCUGUCGGCCCCACCGGCAAGCAGGGAGACAGGGGAGAGGCUGGAGCCAAGGACCAGCUGGGACCUGCCGGGCCUGCUGGAGCCAGAAUGGCUGGACCCCAAGGACCCCGUGGAGACAAGGCGUGAGGUGGAGAGGGUGGUGAGAGAGGACAGAAGGGACACAGGAGAUUCACUGGUCUGCAGGGUCUGCCCGGACCUCCCGGUCAAGCUGGAGACCAGGGUGCAUCUGGACCUGCCGGACCAAGUGGAUCAAGAGGACCCCCCGGACCAGUUGGUCCCUCUGGAAAGGAUGGAUCCAACGGUAUGCCCGGCCCCAUCGGACCUCCCGGACCCCGUGGUCGCUCUGGAGAGACUGGUCCCUCUGGUCCCCCUGGAAACUCCGGACCCCCUGGUCCUCCUGGUCCUCCCGGCCCUGGUAUCGACAUGUCUGCCUUCGCUGGCCUGUCUCAGCCUGAGAAAUCCCCCGAUCCCCUGAGGUACAUGAGGGCCGACCAGGCCUCCGGAAACCUGAGGACGCACGACGCCGAGGUGGACGCCACGCUCAAGUCUCUCAACAACCAGAUCGAAAACAUCCGCUCCCCCGAGGGCUCCAAGAAGAACCCUGCACGUACUUGCAGAGACCUGAAGCUGUGCCACCCUGACUGGAAGAGCGGAGAGUACUGGAUCGACCCUAACCAGGGCUGCACCAUAGACGCCAUCAAGGUCUACUGUAACAUGGAGACUGGAGAGUCCUGCGUCUACCCCAAGCCCGCCAGCAUCCCCAAGAAGAACUGGUGGUCCAGCAAGAGCAAGGCUGCCAAACACGUCUGGUUCGGGGAGACCAUGAACGGAGGAUUCCACUUCAGCUAUGGCGAUGACAGCCUGGCUGCCAACACGGCCAGCAUCCAGAUGACCUUCCUGCGGCUGCUAUCCACCGAGGCUAGCCAGAACCUCACCUACCACUGCAAGAACAGUGUGGCUUACAUGGACGGGGCCACGGGUAACCUGAAGAAGGCCGUGCUGCUCCAGGGCUCCAACGAUGUGGAGAUCAGGGCCGAGGGAAACAGCCGCUUCACGUACACCGUCAUGCAGGACGGCUGCACGAAACACACAGGAGCAUGGGGCAAGACAGUGAUUGACUACAGAUCCCAGAAGACCAGCCGGCUGCCCAUCGUGGACAUUGCUCCCAUGGAUAUUGGAGGAGCGGACCAAGAGUUUGGAGUCGACGUCGGUGCAGUCUGCUUCUUGUAAAGACAAAGGAAUGAAAAAGGAAAAGCUGAGAAAAAAMCCCAUAAAAGAUGAGAGAGGGAGAGAGAGAGAGACAGAGAGAGAGAGAGAGGAACACACACUUCUAGCAAAAUGAAUGAAAGAGAGAAAAGAGAAAGAUCAAGUCACUUUUUUUUUAAAGUUAAAAGUGAUUUUUCCAACUAGGAUAUCUGCACUGAAUGGCAUCGGCAAUAUUCAUCUGUGAUUUCAUCGACUUCCAGUCUCCCUCCGUCAACCCCUCCCUCCAUUCCCCCAUCCACUCCACCCCCCAGCCUGGGAGCACCUCCCCACUAACAAGAAGGAACAAAGGAAGAGGAGAAGGAGAGAAAAGGGGAGCAUGUCAGAGCAUGACAGAAAGAGAGCCGAGUUGGUGUUAUUUAUUUAUUGUUCAGGUGUAGGUCCCAGGUGUGUUAGGACUGAGUGUGUUACCCUGUAAAAAGGCCCCACGCACAACAACAUACAUAAUCUAUCAGUUCCUCACCUCCCCAAUCUCCUCUUUUCUUUCUCCUAUUCCAUACCUUCUCACCCCAAACAUUAUAUCAAAUCCAAACCAAAAAUGGAGCAGUGUGAUAGGUGCAGGUGUUCCUAGUUCCAACCUCUGCCCCAGUGUGUAUCAGGAAGUUACUGUGUAUUAUAAUAUAGUGAAAUGGUGCUAUUGCUGUAAAACCAGUCUGUAUUCUUUAACAACCAGAUACUGAUGUAUUAGUGACGUGUUUAUAAUGUGUAUAUAUGUAUAUGUGUGUGUAUACAUAUAUCUACAGUUUUCAGAGAGUACAUUUCACGCUGAGAUUUGUUUUCAGAGUGGUAAAUGUCGCUGCCCCUUCCCCCCGACCACAACCCCCUCAUUGGCUGCCCAAUAAACCGUGUCUAUCAUUUUUGUAAGAGACAUGUUCAAUUCGGGAUUUCAAUCUCAGAUCUAAACUUUUUUUGUUUUGUUUUAAUUAUAUUAUAAGCUACCUCACGCUAAAAAAGAAAGAAACAACUAAGCAAAGUUAUCCAAGUUUACAAAUCCAGCUUGGGUGAUCAUAUCUUUGGUGCAUGAGACCCCAUGUUGUGAGAAGACCACCAGAAGGUGCCUUUAACCCUUGACCUAUCCCACUCCACUUUGUCCCAUAUGCCCCCACUGUCCCCUCACACAGGAAAUACCCUCUACCCUGGCAGGAAGUACCUUGGCCCUGGCCACGCCCCGUAGGAACAGGCCAUGCCCCCCUAGGAACAGGAACAGGGCAGGGCUGUUAGACUUGAGUGAGUUCUUUCUCACAGUGAUAUCACUACUAGACAAUCCAGACCUCCUUUACACACAGAGGAAAACCACCUACGACCAGGGCAGAGGGUGCUUUUAUUUUUGAGGGUGUGUAUAUUUUGUAUUAUUAAUAAUAAUAAUAGUACUAUUGUUAAUAAUGAUAGCAUUACUAUUAUUAUUAUUAUUAAAUAUGAUGAUCAUGAUUUUGUUUUGUUACAGUUUUGAUUCAUGUAAAUUGGAAAUAAAAGAAAAAACAAGUAACAGACUGAAGUCGCUUUUUUUUAUUUUAUUUUUGGGGGGGGUUUUGAUUGUUAUUCAUCCACAUAUUGCUCCAGAGAAAAGUGUGCAUCUGGGAAGGUCUUUUUUCUGUACCCUGAAAGUAUGAUUAAAACCUUUUCUGUUGCUAUUAUGUUCCCAGAGAUAGAAGCAAUACCAAAUCUUGAUCCUGUGUCCUGUAUGCACUCUGCCUUGGUCUGUGUGUUUGGGCUAAAUGCAUAUCGAGGGGUGGGAUGCGGUCAGAACACACAAGGAGAGACAGUGGAGAGGUGGAUGAUGGUGAGCCGCCAUUUUCUUUUUGUUUUAUUUGUUGGAGAGAAAAGGCAAAAAUUAGUGAGGAAGUGGAAAGUUCAUAUCAUGUACUAUUUUGUAUGUGUAAAAUAGUUUUGCAAUAUUUUCAGAUUGUUUUUAAGCAUGGUAGAUAGAGUAGGAAUGGGAAACAUUGCCAACCACAAUAAUCAGUAACUGUAUGGGUUUAUUAUGUCAUCCUGUACUUUUUAUUUCAUUUUCUUUCCUGACUUUUCACCUUUCACCUUUCACCGUAGCAAUAAAAGGUCGAAGCAUUUCUCUAAACAA